AUGACUACAUUUCUAGGGUUUGCUGAAAAAGGCUAUAAACCAAAUCAUCCAGUUGUGACUAUCUGUAAUACAGGAAUGCAAGCGGCUAUGUUAGCACAAAUCAUGGAAAUUGCUCUUCCCGAAACAUCUCCACGAAUGGAACUGCGCGAUCCAAAGAGAAUCUCUGGAGGAAAAGCUCAUUAA